AACACUGGCCAAUGAGUUGAUUGCGCAAUGUUUUCUAUUGACGUUAAUCUUUAUAAACCAGGAAGAAGUAGCCUACUCUGAUAUUAAUGCUACACGAACGUUGAAACGGUGUGAUUUUAUCUCCAGGACCAGUAAAAGGAAACCAUUGAAAACUAGCCUAUCACAUAUGUCAAGGAGCCAAAAUGGUGACCUGCUGUGGAUUGGUAACUGUCAAGAAUGAACCAGUGCCUCUGAAGAGUAUUGCUGUGGAAGUGAGUGUGCAGGGGCAUGUGGCCACUGUGAGCUCCACUCUGCAGUAUGAGAACCAGGAGCAGAGCCCUCUGGAGGCCAUCUUUGUUUUCCCUCUGCCGGGAGAGGCUGCUGUCUGCAGGUUCAGCACAAAGAUAGGACAGACUGAGGUGGUGGCUGAGGUUCAGGAGAAACAGAAGGCACAGGAGCAGUAUGAUGAUGCAUUGAGUUCGGGCCAGCAGGCCUUCCUAUUGGAGGAGAGUGAUGAGAGCCCGGACGUGUUCAAGCUGAGUGUGGGCAGUCUGCCUCCAGGGGAGAAGGCCUCUGUCAGCCUGGACUAUGUGACAGAGCUGUCUGUACAGGCUGACGACGGCCUGAGGCUCUGCCUGCCCGCCGUGCUCAACCCCCGUUACCAACCCCAGGGGUCAGACAGUGGUAGUGGUGGCAGUGCCCAGGUGUCCUCGGUGCCCGCUGGUUCUGUCCCCUACAGUCUGUCCCUCAGUGCCCAUGUGUCGUCCCCUCAUCCCAUCUCUAGAGUAGAGUCCAACUGUCCCCUGGACCCACUCAACUACCUCAACACAGAGAAAACCCAAGCCACGGUCAGUCUGGCUGCAGGUCAUCAGUUUGACCGGGAUGUUGAGCUGUUGUUGUAUUACCAAGACACCCACCAGCCUACUGCUAUAGUAGAGGCAGCACAGGCUUCUGCCAAGCCAGGCACUCUGAUGGGUGACCCAGUGGUCAUGCUGAGCUUGUACCCAGAGUUCCCCAAGGAUGUGAUGUCAUCUAUGACCUCACACGGGGAGUUCCUGUUCGUAGUGGAUCGCUCUGGCAGCAUGGAAUGCCCCAUGCACCUUGGGUCUGGGUCACAGGACCGUAUUAGCAGUGCCAGGGAAACUCUGCUGCUCUUGCUGAAAAGCCUGCCCAUGGGCUGCUACUUCAACAUCAUCGGCUUUGGGUCCAGUUAUGAGUCCUUCUUUCCUAAGAGUGUGGAGUACAGCCAGAAGACUAUGGAUGAGGCUCUGCAGAAGGUGAAAGAAAUGAGGGCUGACCUGGGAGGUACAGAGAUCCUCCAGCCUUUAAAACAUAUCUACAGCCAGCCCUGCCUCCCUGACCAGCCCAGACAGCUCUUCUUGUUCACUGACGGUGAGGUGGGGAACACCAAGGAAGUCCUGGAUCUGGUGAAGACGAAUGCCGGUUCUCACAGGUGUUUCUCCUUUGGGAUCGGGGAGGGGGCCAGCACUGCUCUCAUUUCUGGAGUGGCCAAGCAGGCCAGAGGGCACGCACAGUUUAUCACAGGACAGGACAGGAUGCAGCCCAAAGCGAUGCAGUCUCUCCGGUUUGCCCUGCAGCCAGCUGUGGUGGACAUCUCAGUCAAGUGGAAUGUCCCAAAGGAGGUGUCUGUCACCCCUCUGUCUCCACCAAUCAGAGUGCUCUUCCAGGGCCAAAGGGCACUUCUGUAUGCCCAGCUCACUGGGGAGAGCUCGGGGGACACAGAGGGCUCGGUGACAGUGAAGUACAGUCUGGCCAAGCAGCCUGUUGAGAACCAGCUGAGCUUCAGUCUUAAGCCUACAGAGGACACUGGAAUGACCGUCCACAGGCUGGGUGCUCGAACCCUAAUCCAAUCCCUGGAGGUGGAAGAGAGGGAGCAGGAUGGUGGGAAGGAGGGAGUGAAAGAGAAGGUGAUAGAGCUCAGCGUCCAAUCAGGAGUGAGCAGUGCCUUUACUGCCUUCAUCGCUAUCCACAAAGGAGAUGGAGAGGCCCUGCAAGGACAGCUGCUACGCAGACAUGUCCCCACACCAAUGUUGUAUCACAGCUCCAUGCUCAUGAUGCAGUCGUGUGCUAUGGCUCGGCGCAGCCCCAUGGUGAUGGCGUGUAGUCUGCAGAUGAAUAUGAGUGCCCCAGGCAAGUUAAAGUUGAGCAAAAAGAGUAAACGUAAAGCUUUGGAUGCUUUACAAGGAUUCGGCUAUGACGACAACUGUUCUGAAGACUUUGACUCUCCAGCCCCAACCUCUAAGCCUGUGAGGGACCCUCUCCUCCAGCUGAUCUCCCUUCAGAAAGCCUCUGGUUCCUGGGUCCUAGAGGCAGCAUUGGCUGAGGUGCUGGUGAAGACAGAGGAGGAGGUGUCCAAGCCAAAGCCUGCACAGGUGGACCAGGAGGUGUGGGCCACGGUUCUAGCCCUGGUAUGGCUCUAUGGUUUCAAGAUGGAGGCUCAGGAGGAGUGGCAGUUUCUGGCCAUGAAGGCAGUAUCAUGGAUCCAGGCUCAGAAAGUGGCCAGUGUGUCUGAGUGUGUCCAGGCUGGAAACACCCUUCUGGGUUGCCAAGUGCAGAAAGACACCCUGGGGCUCUGACAUGUUCACCCUCCCAGUCCUCAAUCUGUCCCCCAUACGCCUGCUACUCUACCUGGGGUGAGAUUUUCACACAACCCUGCCUGCUCCUAGUCCCCUACUCCAAGCAAACUGGUGGAGCUAGCAACUGUAUCUGCCUAAACAAGCCUAAUUAUCAACGUAUUGCCUAUAUCAGCCUAUUGUCAUUUACUGUUGGGACACUUAUGUAUCUCAAUGUAUUAGUUGUUAUUAACAUAUCAACAUUCAUCUACGUGUGACGUAUACAGCUAAACUUGUUUAGACUUUGCUUUGGUUAUCAAUUCCAUAUAGACUACUGGAAACAAUGUGUAUGCAGUACUUGUCAUCACUAACCAAAAUGCUUGGUAAAAGGCCUUAUUAUUGUAUGUAUGCAUUAUCCACAUAUAUGAGGCCAAAUGCAUGCAGGGAGAAGUUGUGGAUAAUAUGAAAAGCCAGAUGAGUGCCAAUCUGGGUGCCUUUACUGUGUGAUCAUGUAACACUGUCUCUGUAUUCAUGUAAUUCCUCAUAUACAUUACAGUUCAAAAAUUUGGGGU